AUGUCCAGAAGCAAGCGUAAAUGCAGCAGUGAUAUAGCUGGUACUGCUAAGAAGCGCCAAGCGAUAACAAUUGAAAGAAAAGUGAAUAUAAUUGAGAGAGUGGAGCAAGGUGAAAAGAUGGUAGACGUCGCUUGUUCUUAUAACAUGAAUCUUUCAACCAUUGGCACGAUUCUAAAGAACAAGGACAAAGAUCAUGGAACAUGUGAAGUCUCCUGUGCCAAUGAUGUAGACAACAAUAUUGAAGAAGUGUGGAAAAGUGAUGGAGGAGAUGGAGAAAUUUCUCAGUUUUUGGAUCAGGAUCAGGAUCAGCAUCAGCAUCAAGUCCUGAUCAGCUUAAUGAUGAUUCAAGAGAAAGCUAAAAGGAUUUAUGAAGACUUAAAUAAGAAACAUGGUGAAGAAUCAGAGGGCGCAUCUUUUAAUGCCAUCCGUGGCUGGUUUCAUUGGUUCCAGGCUAGAGCCAACCUUCACAACAUAAAAGUAAGUGAGUGCAGAUACCGUAGCUGCCCGGGAAUUUCCUGA